CGCGACACCGUCCUUCCCACUGGAAAGCGUGUGACUGUGUGGACGAUCCAUUCCGUUUCAAAACAUUGAAUACAAAAAAAAAUAUAGAGGAAACAAAAAAAAACUGGAACUGCAGAUACGACUCCUCAGAAAUUGAGGAAAACGUCAACGGCACUGCCAUCAAUUCCCAUCUGUUCCGUUGAGAAACCCGGAGGAAGGUGCGAUGAUGGAAAAUCCUAGGCCGACAGCGUUUUGUAAUACGUUGGUCAAUCCAUUUUCUGCAAAAUCUACUACUAAAUUGAAGGACAUGCGUUUGAAGAACGCGGAGGGCGGUCAUCUAUCCGUCUGUAAUGGUAACGGCAGAGACGUGCUGAACUCACCGAAAAGGUUGAACACAGUGCAAAACAGCAACGUGUCUCCCAACAAUUAUCAGUCGAUCAGCAAUCAGCAAUUAAGUAAUAAUGAGGUGAGCAAUGGGACGCUGUCUACAUCGAAUUCCGUAACCGACGACGAGACCAUCGUCCUCAACAACAUCAACAACGCCGAGGUGCGAUGGUGUGGUUCGACCAAUCGCGAGCUAAGAAACAACGCGAACAACAGAUUAUACAAUAUCAACAACACCCUGGCUGUCUCACUAUCGAAUGCCCCGAGGCAUCGGAACGCCUCAUCAAUCUGCUCCGAGUCUUCGCCAGAUGAUAGCUCUCUCGAUUACGAAGUUGUAGACGCGCAUCAAAGCAGCUCAUCGGUAGAUGCAUCGCCGCAGGAGGAGGAUCGCGGCUUCGAUUACUCAGACACAGAUUCCGAAGAGGGCAACCUGAACCAUCGCAAGGGAAUCGUCAAUCCAAACUAUCCGGGAUUUCAGCAUUUGGCCCAUACUCUGGAUUACACAAUCAAAGACGUCUCCGACUCAGACGAGGAGGACGAUUACGAUGCCACCGAUGCCAACAGCCUAAACAACAAUCAGGAGGACUCCACGUCGCAAAUUGAAAGCGUCAAUCGUUUGGAUAGCGUCGAGAACAUACAGANNNUCUUCUACGAGAAGCCUGUCUUCGACAUUUGCUCAAACGCCAAUGAGCCGGAAAUUUCAUUGAACAUCAAAACCGAUGAGGCUUUGACGGACAAAGCAGAGACACAAAACAUAAUUGGUAAUUUCGGUGAAGAGAUUGCACGCGAAUUCGGCCGGAUUUUCGAGCCCAAAACGUACGAAACCAAAGGGAAGGCAACGGAUGAUUUGAGCAGCGCGAAAAUCUUCGACGACUUGGAAAAAUCGGUGCAGAGACUCUGCAACAGCACAAACACAGAUUCCUACGCACCGGAUCUGUUUACACCCACCGAUACAGAAAUAGGUUACGGCGUUCUGCAACUGCUGAAACCAAAAGAUACUAAGACGAAUUUAAAACGGGAACCGAUAUUUCAGGACCCCUUUAACGAUUCCGAAUAUAAUUUUAGUAAAUCUUUACAAGAAUUCGAAGAAGUUUUUGACAUCGGCAAUUGCUCUAUCGAUGACACCAAAAAGGAAAGCUCUUUCGAAAAAGAGGCCAUCGGUAAUUGCAAGCCUAGCUUAACCUGUUUCGAGGAUAAUUUUGACCCAAAUGCUCUUGCUCCUAAACAAGCUGUCCAGACAGAGUUGGAAGACGCUGCGGAAAAUUUAAACUCAGAAAAGGAUAUACAACCAUCCGCUUCUAAAUACAAAAUUUUACCGAACAUUGAGUUACCUUUUAAUAAAGCUCAAAGUAGCCAAAGUGAAAUACUUGAAGACUCAAAAACUGUUUCUAACAUGAAUCAAUCGAUUCAAUUUCAAGAUGCGUUCUUAUCAGGAGCCCACGAUAAGCUGCUGGAAAUAAACAAUGAGAUAUUCAAGAAGUCCCAGUUGACGCGCAAAGAUUCUAACAGGGAACAGGAGGAGAAGAAGAAGGUUGGAAGCGAAGAGCAGGAGAAGUUCUGCAAGGAGGAUAAGACAAAGGAUGAAAAGGAGAAGGACGAAGAUAGUGCAGUUCCCUGCAAAAAGGAGAAAAUCGAGGUGAAGAAGAGACGGCACCCGAGUCAGCAAAUUGGAAGCUUGAUUACAAUUCCGAGGCGCGAAAAUAAUGGAAGAUCGCGCGAUCCCAUGAAUAGGAGAUCUCUUCCUUUAACCAGGGAAAAGAAACGCAACUCCCCAGAGACUUUCGGCAGCUUCGAUGUUUACAAUAUAGAAACAGCUAUGCCAAAAAUUGACAUGGAGGCCAUCGAGACUCAUCUUCGGGCAGCGCGCGAGGAGGAAAGACGGAGACGGACUGAUAGAGAGGAGAUUCGUAGGAGAUUGGCCAUGGGCAAUGAAGAUGAUUAUUACAGCAGUGGAGAUAGGCCUGGUCGCAAACCAAGUCUGCAGGCUAGAUUACAAAGUGGAAUGAAUCUCCAAAUAUGCUUUAUGAAUGAAACUGCUUCUGACACAGAGAGUCCAAGCUCAGAUUCUGAAUGCACAUUGGGUAAGCCGAAGCAGAGCAAAGGUGGUUCACCCAGGCCACAGCCAAAGAGAUCUGCUACUGAUAAAGUGCCAUCAAAGACAAAAGCUCCACCUGCUAGACCAGUUUCUCUUACGUUUGGUCAACAGUUGCCUCAGCCACAGAACAAUCCACCAUCUUCAGAGAUGGACUUCUUUGCUAGACAGGCUAGGCUGCAGACUGAAGCUAGAAUGGCCUUGGCGCAAGCUAAGGAAAUGGCUCGAAUGCAGAUGGAAAUUGAAAGACAGAGACAAAAGAAAUCGCCAAUAACCGAAAUGGUGCGCCACAGCUUGGAGAAAGUUGGAAUUCCGUUCCCGGAAGACAGACGCCGCUUAUCGCGACAAAUAUUGACUGAUAUGAAUGUGGCCCAAUUGCAAGUCAUUGUGAAUGAUUUGCAUACACAAAUUGAAAUAUUAAACGAGAAUCUAGUCAAGUUCCUUAUGGACAGGGAUGACUUGCACAUGGAACAAGACUCUAUGCUUGUGGAUAUAGAAGAUCUUACCAGAUUUCUUGGUGCAAAGGAGCAGACUCUGAAGGAUAACUCUGCUCAGAAUAAUAAUUUAACCGCGCCGCCGUCGCCAGCUCCUUCUUCCCCAUUAUCUGCUCUAAACGUGAAGCCGCAUUUGCAUAGGAUAGCCAGUUUUGUUAAGAAAUAAGGUGUAUAUAUAUUACAAAAUUAAUCCAAUUGCAUAUUUUAUUGAUAGAAGUAGUAUUGAUGGCUACGUUUUUGAACGCCACAAAGGAAUCUCUUUCUCUUAAACUAUUUAAAAAGGAACUCUUCAUCGGACUUAUUUAGCCAUUUCAUUUUGACUGAUUAUUUCUUAGUGUACUUAUUUAUUACUCACAUAUCACAUUUUUAGUUCUCGACAUUUUAGUAUGUGUACAUAAUAAUGACAUGAUAGUUUCAGUACUGAAACGUUCACUGUUUCUACUAAGACAUCAUCUUUUCUUUGUUAUGUUUAAGUUUCCAAUUUUCAAUAACACUGUUUCAAACACCAAUUAAAAUAGGAAAAAAUAUAUAUAUGAACUUUC